AUGUGCCCUCUUGGCCCAGUGGACAGGAACGGGCAUGGCCGUUUGUUGCCGACGGUGAUUUGGGAGAUGCGGGUGCACUCACACGUAGCUGGACAGGAGGCGAAGGUCGUUGUUGAUGAUAGUUGCCGAAAUUGGAGAAGGAUGCGGAAGUGUUUUGUUCGGCAGGUCGGUGUAGGUUGUAGAUGGGGUGAUGGGAGGCCUGCGGUUGAGGAAGAGGGGUGUAAGAUCUUCGACUAUAUUUCUCCAAUGGGAGGAGCGAAUCCAGACGCAUUCGAGGAGGUGAAUGGCUGGCCGUGGAGCCUUGCAGGCGGCGCUUGUCAUGCGGAAGGCGACAAGCCAUACGUGGAGUACCCCGUGUGCCCUAUAAACAAGAACUAUCACCUGCAGGCGCGGGACUUGUGA